AUGAUUUUCCGAACCCUCGCCCGCGCAGCUUCCGUCCUGCCGCUCCUCUCGCUCUCGGCCGCCGCCGAAACCGUCUGCAACAAUGCCGCCUCACUGUGCAGCAAGUCCUAUGGCAACGUCACCCUGCUGGGCGCCCACGACAGUCCCUUUCUUGCCGACUCCACCACCAGCUACUCUUCGUCCGGGAACCAGGACUACAACUCGACCGUGCAGCUCAACGCCGGCGUGCGCCUCCUGACCGCCCAGGUCCACCACUACACCGACGACAACGCCGACGAAUGGCACCUGUGCCACAGCUCCUGCACCCUCCUCGACGCCGGCAAGCUGUCCGACUGGCUCUCGGAGAUCAAGACGUGGAUGGACGCCAACACCAACGACGUCGUCACCCUCCUCCUCGUCAACUCGGACGACGCCUCGGCCUCGGACCUGGCCGCCGAAUUCACCACCUCGGGCAUCGACGACUACGCCUACACGCCCGAAUCCACCACCGAGGCCCCCUCCGAGUGGCCGACGCUGCAGUCCAUGAUCUCCAACAACACGCGCCUCGUCACCUUCGUCGCCUCGCUCGACGCAUCGUCCAACACGGCCGCCCCCUACCUGCUCGACGAGUUCACCUUCCUGUACGAGAACGCGUACGACAACACGUCGCCGUCCAACUUCAGCUGCGAGCCCGACCGCCCGACGUCGCUCAAGGGCGACGCCGAAUCCGCCGCCAGCGGCGACCGCCUCUUCCUCAUGAACCACUUCCUCUACGCCGAGUCCGCCUUCGGCAUCGAGAGCCCCAACACCACGUACCUGGCCACCACCAACUCGGCCAACACCACCGACGUCGGCGAGGGCUCGCUGGGCGAGUCGGCCGCCUCGUGCAGCGAGACGUACGGCAAGGCGCCGUGGGCGGUGCUGGUCGACUUCUUCAACGUCGGCCCCGCGAUCGAGGCCGUGGAUAACCUGAACGGCGUCGCGGGCGCGACGAGCGGCCGCGCGACCGUCAGCGAGGAGAAGAUUACGCAGAGCACGGAUUCUUCGGUCAGCUCUGCGGGCCGAGCGAGCUUCGGGGUGCCGAGGGGUGGGGCUGCGGUGGCGGCCGUGGUGGGCGUCGUUGUGGCGGUGAUGGCGCUGUGA